CCUAAAACUUAUAUUUUUUAAUAAAAUAUGGUACUAUUUUUUUCCCAGUCACUGUAAAAAGCUAAACAGAAAUCAGCUGUUGCCACCGCAUGCUUGAUUCUGAGUGGCUCAUGCCUUAAAUAUCAUAUUUAUUAAAUAUAUUAAUUAAAAUAAAAACGAAUCCAUGUCGAAGCCAAUUACCUUUGUGACGGGCAAUGCCAAGAAGCUGGAGGAACUGGUUGCCAUUCUGGGUCCCACUUUUCCACGCACCAUUGUCUCCAAAAAGAUCGAUCUGCCGGAGUUGCAAGGAGAAAUUGAUGAGAUUGCAAUCAAGAAGUGCAAGGAAGCGGCACGCCACGUAAAUGGUCCUGUUCUGGUGGAGGACACCAGCUUGUGCUUCAAUGCCCUUGAGGGUUUGCCGGGUCCGUAUAUCAAGUGGUUCUUGGAGAAACUGAAGCCGGAGGGCUUGUGCCGGUUGCUUGAGGGCUGGGAAGAUAAAUCUGCCCAGGCAAUCUGUACAUUCGGCUAUUGCGAGGAUGCGGAUGCGGAACCGCAGCUCUUCAAGGGAAUCACUGAUGGCGAUAUUGUUAGUCCCCGCGGACCAAGGGCCUUUGGAUGGGACCCCGUGUUCCAACCCAAGGGCUAUGAUAAGACCUACGCCGAGCUGCCGAAAGCAGAGAAAAACACCAUAUCGCACCGCUAUCGUGCCCUCGCCCAACUGCAACAGCACUUCGAUAAGCUGGACAAACUGGAGAAAUAAAAUCGCAAACUAUGCAAACUAA